CCUAGCUGUUGCUCGUGUUUUAUUCGGCUUGUAGCCAUGGCUCGGUUCGCUGCCCUACUGCUUUUACCUGUUCUCAUUGAAUCGGUAUUUUCGAUUUCUUUCUUUCUACCUGUAAAUUCAAGGAAAUGUCUUCGGGAAGAGAUCCACAAAGACGUGCUCGUCACGGGGGAGUAUGACAUCAACGACGAGUCCAACACCAAAACCAACCUGAAGAUCACAGACUCAUCAGGACACAUCCUCUACUCGAAGGAAGAUGCAACGAAAGGGAAGUUUGCCUUCACAACAGAAGAUUAUGACAUGUUUGAAGUGUGCUUUGAGAGCAAGUCCCCAAUGGGAACUGGGAGAGUCCCAGACCAGCUGGUUAAUCUGGACAUGAAGCACGGAGUGGAGGCCAAGAACUACGAGGAGAUCGCCAAGGUGGAGAAGCUGAAGCCCCUGGAGGUGGAGCUAAGGCGGCUGGAGGACCUAUCAGAGUCCAUCGUCAACGACUUUGCCUACAUGAAGAGGAGAGAGGAGGAGAUGAGGGAUACCAACGAGUCCACCAACACACGCGUCCUGUACUUCAGCAUCUUCUCUAUGUGCUGUCUGAUUGGCCUGGCCACCUGGCAGGUCUUCUACCUGCGACGCUUCUUCAAGGCAAAGAAGCUCAUCGAGUAGAGAGAGGCAUCACCACUCCGCCCAGGGAGAGCAGCCAAUGCUUUACCCGAUCAAUCUCCACCCACCUCGGACUAACUUCGUCAAAACUAGAGCUGUGUCCGAAAUGACUGGAGGAGAUGGAGACCAACGCACUGUCGAGGGGAGAAAGAGGAAUAAAUCCAAAAACAGAGGCUAAACGGGAAUAAUUGUAGUCCUUUAUUGGACAGUGUACCGGUCUCUAUCUCUUCCAGUAUUCUUAUUUUGACCCUUACACCUGGAACCAGCACUAUUCAGUAGUAAGGACAGAUUCCUACAAUUCAUAUUUAUGUGUUUUUAAAUGCCAUCAUAUUUCCUCUAGAGUGCACUACUUUUUUUACCAGAACCCCAUAGGGCUCCGGGUUCCCCCCCCAUAGGGCUCCGGGUUCCCCCCCCAUAGGGCUCCGGGUUCCCCCCCAUAGGGCUCCGGGUUCCCCCCCCAUAGGGCUCCGGGUUCCCCCCCCCAUAGGGCUCCGGGUUCCCCCCCCAUAGGGCUCCGGGUCCCCCCCCCCCCC